GGAUUAAGUUAAAAAAUGUUAAUUGAAUUGAAUUGGAUUGAAAAAAAUUAUUUUUUUAAGUUGGUUGGUGUUUCAAAAAUAAGUAGGUUAAAAAUUUCCCUUUCCUCGCGCGUGCCUUCUCCGUUUCUUUUGAUAGCGCCGCAUCUCCUCUCAUCUCCUUCCUCUCCUCGCCUUCGUCUCCUGUCUCCGCGGUUCGUCCGUCUCCUCCCUCUCCUCUCUUCCGACGGUGAUCUCAAAUCAGGAACAAUGGCCGUUGAAGUUGAUGUGGUUAACCAGGAACUGACCCUGCCUCAUCACGAUGUGAAGCUGUUCAACCGGUGGACCUUUGAUGAUGUCCAAGUGAAUGACAUCUCUCUGGUUGAUUACGUUGGUGUUGCACCUGCCAAGCAUGCCACCUAUGUCCCCCACACUGCCGGGAGGUACUCUGUCAAGCGCUUUAGAAAAGCUCAGUGCCCAAUUGUUGAGAGGCUCACAAAUUCUCUGAUGAUGCACGGAAGAAACAACGGGAAGAAACUCAUGGCUGUCAGGAUUAUUAAGCAUGCAAUGGAGAUUAUUCAUCUUCUAACCGAUCUCAACCCAGUUCAAGUCAUUGUCGAUGCGGUUGUUAACAGUGGACCACGUGAAGAUGCCACUCGAAUCGGCUCAGCUGGUGUUGUUAGGCGUCAAGCUGUGGAUAUAUCCCCUUUGCGACGUGUUAAUCAGGCAAUCUAUCUUCUUACAACAGGUGCUCGUGAGGCCGCUUUCAGAAACAUCAAAACAAUUGCAGAAUGCUUGGCGGAUGAACUUAUUAAUGCAGCAAAGGGAUCAUCCAACAGUUAUGCAAUCAAGAAAAAGGAUGAGAUUGAGAGAGUUGCUAAGGCAAAUCGUUGAGAGGUUAUUUUUUGUGUUACGGCAAGAGUUUUCUGUUAUUUUUCUUGUCUGUUUUACACUCUUAAAAUGAACGCUAUAGUCUAAAUCUACCGGUUUUGAAUUUCUUAUUUGGACAAAUCAUGUCUACUACUUGACUUUAAAGUUUUGGUAUAAUGUCAUUUCAUCAAAACAGCCAAAUGCAUGUGUUUCUUGAAAUGGUGUCA